AGGAAAGCGUAAACUAGUUAACUAACCUCGGUGAUGACAUAAUGCACCGGAAUAGUUAGUGCCACACAUCGGCCCACCCUUUGCAUCUUCUCUUGACGAUCGACCGUAAAAUAUCCAGAGAAACAAUGCUACCAACCCCUUCCACGUCCCACGUCUCUUUCGAUCGCGUAUAUGAACCAGCCGAGGAUUCAUUCUUAUUGCUGGACACGAUCUCUUCAUCAACAGAGGUCGCAUUUCUAAAGGAUCGUUUCUCCAAUGCCACUACACAUCCUCCACUAGUACUCGAGGUUGGCGUGGGUUCUGGAGUUGUAUUAGCAUUUGUCGCCGGCAAUGCUGACAACAUCUUUGGUCGACACGAUGUGCUGACCCUUGGGACUGACAUCAACAGGUUCGCCUGUCAAGCCGCUUCUCAGACCGUCCAAACUGCUAUCGCGAGCUCCGCCCAACCCUCAGUUUUCCUAGACGUCGUGAAUGGAGAUCUAGCCUCUUCAAUCAGACAUCAAUCAGUAGACGUUUUCAUAUUCAAUCCUCCAUAUGUGCCUGCCGAGCUUCCCGAUUUCUCUCGCCAUGAUUCGUACAACGCGCUCCCCGCUGGAAAGAAGGCUACGACCUUUGAACAAGACUCAUACCUCCUAGAAUUAUCAUACGCUGGCGGAGAGGAUGGAAUGGUAGUGACAAAUCGAAUGCUUGCACAGAUACCGGAGAUUCUAAGCCCCAAUGGUAUCGCUUACGUCCUGCUCUGCGCACAAAACAAGCCAGAGGACGUCAAGAAGAAUAUCAGAAGCUGGGGUCCCGGCUGGCUUGCUGAGACAGUAGGGUCAAGUGGGAAGAAGGCAGGAUGGGAAAAGUUACAAAUCGUAAGAAUAUGGAGGCAAACGAGUGGAUGAAAGGAUAUCAAUUUGCAUAGUCGUCGUCUAUAUGAAAGAAGAUGGACACGCCAUUGCUACUUCAUCAAUGGCAACCCGGGUACCUGGAUGUCAACUACCGUACUUCGGUUGCACGGGAGAUGCUGCCAUAGCAGGAUGUGGGCUAUCUAGGGGUGUCUACGGAUACCUCACA